GGUCAGUUGAUUACAGUCAGUUGCUUAGAGGGAUUGCUCUCAUUUGGUUGGAAAACUAGAGGAAAUAUGAUUUCUGGAACGAUUUUACUUCUUGGAUCCUUCGUGGCUUUAAUUUAUUUUAUUUUCUUAAAAAAGCCAAAAUGGAAAAACGCUCCUCCAGGUCCGAGUGGAUAUCCAUUGGUUGGGAAUUUAUUCCAAAUGGAUAAACACAAUCACUUCACAUUUUCCAAAUGGGCAAAAGAAUAUGGGCCGAUUUUCAAAAUUGAUUUAGCGAGUAUGAGGAUGAUAGUUGUGUCAGAUUAUAAAAUGGUGAAGGAAAUAUUUUCUGACUCUGCAUUUUCUGGGAGGAUGAACUUUAAGGAUUUUGAUUUCAUUCUUGAUGGCAAAUUGCACGGACUCGUUAACACUGAAGGUGAACAUUGGGAAGAACUGCGAAGAUUUACUCUCAGACAACUUCGUGACUUCGGAUUUGGCAAGAACACGAUGGAGGAAUCCAUCAUGUUGGAAGUUAACGAGCUUAUCGACGGGUUAAAAGAAUAUGGCGAAAAACCGUUGGAGGAUAUGAAGACCAAAUUUACUCUCGCCGUGGUAAAUUCGUUGUGGUCAAUUUGUACGGGAAUCAAGUAUAAGCAGAAUGACAAGGAAUUGAUUAAAAUGACGCAAGAUGUUAACAAAGCAUUUGAAGGGAUACAAGAAGGCGGAGGAGUAAUUGUAUUCAUGCCGUGGUUGGCCAAAGUAAUGCCUGUUUGGAGUGGCUAUGAUAAAGUGAAACGAGAAAUUUUCCACAUGGCAGAUUAUUGCCGGAAACCGGUGGAAGACCACAUUAAGACAUACCAAGAAGAUUUUGACAGAGAUUUUACUGAUGUCUUUUUAAAGGAAAUUAAGAAAACUACUGAUCCUAAUUCUGCAUUUAAUGGAAAACUCGGAGAGGACAAUCUUGUGGCCACUCUGGGCGAUUUAUUUUUCGCUGGAACGGAUACAACCUCCUCCACACUUGCUUGGAUGAUGCUGUACCUCAGCAAAUUCCCCGAGGUGCAGAGAAAGCUUCAAAAAGAAAUUGAAACCACGACGGGAAAUUCAAGGAUGUGCGCAAUUUCAGACAGACCAAACAUGCCGUACACCGAAGCCGUGAUUGCAGAGACGCUUCGAUUUUCCUCCAUUACACCACAAGGAGUCUCUCAUCGAGCCAUGAGAGAUCAAGAAUUCCACGGUUAUUUGAUCCCAAAGGACACAAUUAUAACUGCAAAUGUUUUCCACAUCCAUUUCGACCCCAAAAUUUGGGGUGACCCAGAUAACUUUCGCCCAGAAAGAUUUUUGAGCCCGGAUGGAAAGACGUUUAAGAAGCAUGAAGCCCUGUUGCCGUUUUCAAUCGGGAGGCGACAAUGUCUGGGCGAGACUUUGGCGAGGGACAGCCUUUUCCUCUUCGCCACAAAUGUCGUACAACGAUUUAACCUUGAAUUUGACAACAACGGCCCGGAUCACGGAUUUGAGUCCAAGCUGUCCUUCAUCUUGACACCAAAGCCCUUUAAUCUGAUCUUUAAAGAUCGCUUGGCAUAAUGAAACAAUAAUUGUAAAAGGUUUACCUAUACGAAAUAAAUGCACUUACUUACGCUAUUAUACAAUAUCAA